AUGUCGUCCUCCGUCACGAGUAAUCAAGACCUCCCAGUUUCCCAAUAUAAUCUAAAUACUUACUGGGGACGGGUUCAACACUGUGCCGCAAUCUCAGACCCUAGAACUCUUUUUGUCAGCAAUGAUGAGUUAGAAAGCGCCAAGAAUCUGAUCGCGGCAUACAGGCAAGGCAGUAUAAGAGAUUUGGAUGAAAGGGUGUGGAAGGCUAAAAAGAUUGUUGACUCAACUUUGCACCCAGACACUGGGGCGCCAGUUUUUCUUCCUUUUCGAAUGUCGUGCUACGUGAUGUCAAAUCUAGUGGUAACGGCUGGAAUGCUAACACCAAACCUGAGCAGAAAGGGAAUUAUUUUCUGGCAGAUUGCUAACCAAUCUCUUAAUGUCGCCAUCAACCAUGCAAAUGCCAAUAAAUCCACACCAUUAUCAGUUAUCAAGACAACCCAAUCAUAUUUUCUCGCAGUUGGCGCAUCUUGCUCCGUAGCUCUAGGCCUAAAUGCCCUUGUCCCGCGCCUCAAAAGACUUAGCCCAUCUACAAGAACUGUCCUGACCAGACUAGCCCCAUUUGUUGCAGUUGCCAGUGCUGGCGCAUUAAACGUAUUUCUUAUGAGAAGUGAAGAGAUUAGAAAAGGAAUCGACGUUUAUCCAGUCCCUUCUAAAUCUGAAGAGGUAAGUGGUAAGUUAGACGGAAACCCUGGGUCACCUGUGGCGUCCCUCGGGAAAAGUAAGAAAGCGGGUAUAAUUGCCGUAUCGGAAACAGCGCUCAGCAGAGUGUUGAACAGUUCACCUAACAUGAUUAUCCCUCCCCUCAUCCUUUUGAGACUUCAAAAACACAAAUGGUUGAAGAAGAAUCCAAGGCUUGUACUCCCAAUUAACCUGGGCCUCGUUCUGGCGACUAGCAUCUUUGCGCUGCCUUUGGCCCUAGCCGCAUUCCCGCAAAUACAAACUGUAGACGCUUCAUUGUUGGAGAGUGAGUUUUGGAGGUCCGAUGAAGACUUCCAGAAAAUAAAAUUUAAUCGCGGAAUUUGA